GCUGGCAGGCCGCAAUUCCAUGCGUUGCUUCAACGCCGCCUUGUAACUCAUUUACUUUUCGUCGACUCGGCAUUCAAAGAUGGCACUAGAGGACGCAUCGGCAUUCUUUGGAUCGAAUCAAUCGAUUUACGAUCUUCCCACAGUGAAUAGAGCAUGUCGGGCAUGCAACAGAAAGAAAAUCAAAUGUGAUAUGAGACGUCCGUCUUGCGGUCUCUGCAGUAGACUCGGCGCACAAUGCACAUUUCCUCUUCGACAAAAGCCCCCCCGUGGCCGUCGCCAGACAACCAACUCAGAAAAUCAGAACGUUCUACGUUCACCUAUUUCUGAGAUUCUCGGUACUCGUGAGCGUUACGCCCCUCAUGAUGCUGGUGCACAGUCUGAUAUCCAUAUUGCCUCGUUGGUUCCGGCUCCAGGCUCAGGUACAUGGAUAGGAGGGUCCCAAGAUACCUUCAGCGUCACCGGAACACACAACAGUGUCCCCGACAAGAUCGACCUGGUUCAUAGCCGUCAUUCUGACAAUACUGUCGAGUUUGCUGGCAUUGCUUCUCUGCCAACCCCACAAGAGGAAGCACAUCGAUUAUCGCCGCAACAUUUCCCAUAUCCUGGACUGAACUCGGUGGCUGCCAACUUGAAUAUCGAUACCCGUACUCUUACUGGACAUUCGGAUUGCAGUGACAGCGGCACUGACUGGGGUAUACCAGCGGAUGUGGCAAACGAGUUAGUUGAGUUGUAUUACCAAAACAUCCAACCUUGGCUACCUAUCAUGCACCGUCCGCUCUUCUUCGAAAAGUUCAUGCGUGCUGGAAAUUCAGGACAGAGCCUUGUCAGUGCAGGAGAAAUCGACUUGCAUGCAGCUUUCAUGAUUAAAGGCAUGUUCGCUCUCGCAAGCAGGUUCUCUACAAACCACUUCUUCCCCAGCACACCCAUACAGAGUCCCGGUAAAGCAUUUGCUUCUCAGGCCGUGACAAUCAAAGACAGCAUUAUCAAAACUGUUGGAGAACCGCCAUUGGAAUUCGUCAAAGGCUGUAUAUUACUCGCUUGGUACCACAUCACUGCGGGCGAGCUUGCGCCCGGCUCGGUGCUCACGAGCAUAUGUGUCCGUUUUGCCUAUGACCUCGAUUUAGACCAGAUCGAUGCUGAUUCGCAUGAUGGUGAUGGCUCGGCUAACGACAUACUCGGUGAUCCUGAUACCUGGGUACUAAAGGAGGAGCUUCGCAGAGUGUGGUGGACGAUCUGGGAACUUGACACUUUCGUGGCUACUCUGUCACGCCAACCGUACGGUAUCGACAAACGCAGUGAGAUGAGGGUUCUCCUGCCGGUUGCUGAUCAAAACUGGAUCUCCUGCAUGCCGGCCAAGUCAUCCAUGCUUGACCAUCGACCUAUGUUUGCAUGGAAGGGCUUGCAGAGCUGCCCGAAUCGAAAUCCGUGGGCGUGGCUCUUGAUCUGCAAACAUAUCAAAUCAUGUAUGGCGGUUGCUUCCCGCCAGCUAUCCUUUAUAUCUUCAGCCACCAUCGACGAGUUUGAGCGUGCGUUAUGUUGCUUCAAGUUAGCACUACCGACUGAAUUCCAACUACGGGAAACCUAUCUCAACGAUCAGAAUUUUGUCGACGGCAAUUGGAUCAUCUCCACACAUCUGAUGGUCCUAUCAUGCGAGUUAAUACUUGGAAGGCUCGUUGACCGUUGCAACCAGAGUGGCAACCCUCCCACAAUACGUCAAGGACUCACACCCUCCGAUCACCGUUUGACGCAAUAUCUGAUUCACAUUGGGAGUGUGUGGCCUGCUGGGUACAUCGCUUUAACCAAUCCUGUGAUGUCCUGCUGUGUGGUACUACCAGGGUAUCUCAGUCUGCAGCAGUCUGAUGCAAUACCGCAAGGUUAUGAGGUCGCGAAAUUGAUAUUGACACACAUUGCAAGAUACUGGAAUCUAGGUCACGUUGUGCUUCGUCUGCUCUCCGCUAUCAAACAGGGCCAGGACCUCAGGCGGCCGCAGCUAGCUUCUGGAGAUCGAGACAUUGUAAGAAGGCUUUCAGUCCUUCUCCCAACCUCAUUGUCGGACCAAACGUCCAGGCCUUCAGCAACCACCAUUCCUGCAGAAAGUCCCGACACCGUGGGGCCGAGGGCCGAAGAACUCCCUAACCUCGAUUUCGAGGACAUGUGGAACACAGACCUGCUUCAGUGGCCUUUCGACAUGUGGACCUACCCUGGCGAAUCUUAAGCGCGAAUAGAAUCGCCCGCCGACUUCAGCGACGAGUUCUCUCUGUCUGUAUUGAUGCCCACGUGAGCUCAGCACGAGUUUCGCGACUCAAGGCAGAUGUCAUCCAAUACUUCUCUUUCUGUGUACGCCGUUCCUGAAACGCCUCAUGGAUUGGUCUUCUAUGUCCAUAAACCCUAUAACUUGGACGCACGAGCAAGUAUGAACCACGCUCUUUUCGCUAUAUUACACCAAUGACCCUCCAACAACAAUCGCCAUAAUCAUUGCCAUUCCCAUUGCCCUCGCUCCUAUCUGCACCGCAGAGUUGAUGUUCUCCUGCAAUACCACGCCCUGCGUAAAAUUUGUCGCGGCGCCCUCUAUCGCUACCUCAGUCAAGUUCCCACACUCCUUGUUGACCGUGGUGUUGAACUGGAAAUUGGGAAGCUGGGCAAGUGCGGCGUCGAGGGGCGCGGUGGUCGGGUCAGUACCUUCAGUCGAUGCUUUGAGGUAUGCGGCUCGGUAGGUGGCGUUGGCGGCGACAAUGGAGAGGUUGGCGACCGUGGAGUAUUCGGCGCAGAUGGACUGAUCGGUCUGCUGCUGGCGGGCACGAAGUAGGUUGAUAGGAGAAUAGAUGGUGCGGGCAUCUGUAACUGUCGCGAGGACGGAGAGGAAGAGGAGUAGGGAAGUGAUAGGAGAGAAGUAUCUUAUUGACAUGGUUUCGGUGUAGAAGGGCCUGCUAAUUUUGGUUGCAAUGGCCAGCCAUACAAUGAGGAACGGGAUGAUUAGUAAGGUCCAGAGAGUGUAAUCGAACAAGAGAGCAGCACGGGCUAAGAUAGAAAAGGUGCGAUGGAAGAAGGGAGAAUUGUGUAUUAAGACAUGCCGUAC